AGGGGGGAGAGGAAGGGGGAGGGAGAGGGGAGGAGGGAGAGGAUGGGGAGGAGGGGAAGGAGGGGGGUUUCAGUGAGAGAAUGAACAGGAGGCUAUGGGAGGAGUGGGAGAGGGAGGAGGAGGAGGUGGAGAGGGGGGAGAGAGAGUGGGAAAAGGAGGAGGAAGAGGAGAAGGGGGGAAAGGCGGAGGAGUCGGAACGGCAGAAGGGCCAAGGGGGGGAUGAGCAGCAGGAGGGCAAGAGAGGCGAGGGCAUGGGAUUUGACAUAGGGGGAGAGGGACAGCUGGUGGUCAAUAUGAGGGACAAGGGCGGAGCCACGGCUCUGUUUCUUGCUGCAGAGGCCGGCGACGCGAGUGUGGCAGAGAAGGGACGCCUGGUGGUGAGCAUGAGGGACAAGGGAGGAGCCACGACUCUGUUUCUCGCAGCAGAGGCUGGUGACGCGGGCGAAGGGGGAGAGGGGCGGCUGAUGGUGGGCAUGAGGGACAAGGGCGGAGCCACGGCUCUGUUUCUUGCUGCAGAGGCUGGGGAUGCGUGGACUGUGGAGGUGGGUGGGUGGGAUGAGGAGGAUGUGAGUGCAAGCAGGUUGGGGGGGGGCACGGGGGGUUGUCACUCAUGGUGGAAGCGGGUUGGGGGGGGGGACGGGGGGUUGUCACUCAUGGUGGAAGCGGGUUGGGGGGGGGGGCACGGGGGGAAUGGUCGUAGAAAGGAGGAGCCACAGCACUGUUGCAAGCGGGUUGGCGGGGGGCACGGGGGGAAUGGGUGUAGAAAGGAGGAGCCACAGGGGCGAGGAGACGCCUCUCUACAUCGCACAACUGAAGGGCCACCUGUGGGUGGUGCGCUGGUCACACGCCCUUACACUCCUGUGCCAUGCCUCUCUGUCUCUCGCUCAUUCCCUUCCACAGGUGCUGUUGAAAGCAGGCGCGCACAUGGCAGUAGGCAACAGAGGCGAGGAGACACCUCUCUACAUCGCCUCACUCAAGGGCCACCUUUGGGUGGUGCGGCGGCUGCUGGGGCACUGCAGGAUGAGAGGACUGGACUGGCAGGCAGAUGCGAGCUUGCACAGGGGAGGCUCCGGGUGGACACCCCUCAUGGCAGCAGCACUGUCCAACCACACCCACGUGCUGCACACACUGCUGACUCACCAUGUACACACCCACCAAUCUCAUGA